AUGGGAAAUCGCGGAUUUCCGCCGCCGAACGAGGCGGCCCCGGCCGGAUGUUGGGGAGGGCACCUCCCCCGGUCAAUGGAUUUGGCGACCGCGCGCCAGAUCCAUGGACCGCUAAUCCAUGUUUGCGCGCCCCCGAGUGGUGGCCCCCGCGCCGAAACCGGGCGAAAACGCUGUGUGCAAAACAGAAUGGGACGCCUGGAUCCCAGGCUGCCCUCGCGGCGAGAGGAGGUCUGGGCCCUCGCCCAGUACGGCUUCGCCGCUGAGCGCAACCCCUUCGGGAGCGUCCGGGUGCGGGUGCCCCUGCCGCCGAGCGCCGCCCCGGGCCUGGGGCACCCUGCCGCGCGGGCGCUCGAGGGGCUCGAGGCCGCCGGCUCGGUCCGCGUGCAGGAGGAGCCACGGCGCGAGGUCCUGCUGGAGCUCGAGUCCACGCCCGACGCCCAGGCGGCGCCGUCGCGCGCGUCGCUGGGGCUGCUGCGGCUGUGCGCCAGGCUGGCCGUGCUGGCCGGCCGCUCGGCGCGCGAGUGCCCGCAGCUGGAGGGGCUCCCGGUUCCCCCGCCGCGCGCCGGGGUGGCCGCGGUGGAGGCCGCCGUGGAGGCGCAAGUUGUUGGGAUGGCGGCAACCUGCAGGGCAGCAUGGGCCACUUGCCUGGUGGUGGCGCUCAUGCCCUCGACCCGCGCCUCCCUUCUCCGAGACACUGAGUCCGAGGGGAACAGAGCCGUGGACGCACUAGACGGCGCCGAUGUUAUCCAGGGGCGGGUCCCGAAGCUCCAGGUGAACCUCAAAGCCAGUGUCGGCGAGAAGACGGCAACCCCGACCGCGGCGUCGACACUGGCCGCGACGCCAGUAGCAGCCACCUUGGACAGCUACGGCUCAUCGACGCUCGCCUCGGACGGCAGGGUCGUCGAGGUGGCGGUGUGGUGCGCUGAACUGCGACCGGGGCUGCGCGUGGGGCUCUGGUACCCGCGGGGCACAGUGUGGCAUGAGCGCCUGCUGCUGUACCCCGCGGGGGGCACCUACUGGUGGGUGCCCGCGCCCUACGCGGAUCGCUACGUGGAGGACGUGACGGGCUCCGUCGGCGAUGGCUGCGACAGGGUUUUCGCCUGCACGCUGGACGGCACUGCCCGGCGCUGGCCCAUGGCACGUUCUACAGGGGCUGAGGAGGCGCCUGGGGGCACGGAUACUCCACCGGGCGACGCGGCGCCCUUGGCCGAUGCCCCCGACAUGGGUGCGGCCGCUGCCGCGCCGCUGGAGCCGCCCGUGGGUUGCGCCUGGGUGAUCAGUUCGCCGGGGCGUCUCCCGCUGGGCCAGGAGGUGGUCCUAGAGGCGAGCAGCGUGAGGCUGGACGAGCACCAUGCGAUGUUGCGGGACGCCGGCGCGUGGCAGAUCGCGGAGGCGGUCCGCGUCGGCUUGGUGGGCAGCUUCAGGGGCGGCCGCCCGCGCGAGCUGAUCAGGCUGGUGGAGGCCGACCUGAGCGCCAGGGGCCAUGCGGGCGCCGCGCCGGAGGGCGAGGCAGCCGCGUCGCGGGCCACUGUCGGGGCUCCCGACUUGGGGGAUGGCGAGAAGGACCUCAGGGAGAGGCUCGGAGUCCCUCCGCCUGAGGGCCCUCAGGAGCCUGACGCUGGUGAAGAUGCGCGAGCAUUGUGGGUCCAGCAUGACGAGCAUAGAGAACGCCACAAGCCGUGGAGGGAGGUCGCUCGCGAGGUCAAGCGCUACACGUUCAACUACUGGCCGCUGGAGGACGGCCUAUGCACGGCCGCAGCGUCUAUGACGAGCAGGCUCUACGUGAGGCUCGUGAAGUUGCUCUACUCGAAGGGCAUGUUGGUGUACCUGGACGAGCGCGAGCGCCAGGAGGAAGUGGGAGUGUCCUUCGUUGCGAAGAAGAGCAAUCAGCUGCGCCUCAUCAUAGAUGCCAGGAGGAGCAACCUCCAUUUUACCUCUCCACCUGGGGUCUCGCUGGCGAUUGCGGAGGGGCUGUCGCGCAUCGAGGUGGGCCAGACCGCCCCCGCGCCUGGCUCUUUCGAGGACCUGGGCUUCACCCUGGGGACCUCCGACAUCAGCGACGCCUUCGCCGCUUCAGGUCGGAUGACGGGCGCGACCCUGAGCGGUCGCCGAGUCGCGGCCGACCAGCGGCUGGUGCCAGCCUGCGCCGCGCUGCCAAUGGGCUUCACCUGGCCCCUCUUCUUCUGCCUGGAAGUCGGAGAGGCCACGAUGGGAUCGACCCCCGAGCUGGAGCACGCCCACCGCAUGAGCGACCGCGGGCCGACGACGGUGCUCCGGCCGCGCGCCCGUCUGGCCAGCGGUGGCGGCGCCCAGUGCACUCACGUGGACAACCUCGGCGCGAUGGGCUUCGGGCACGACGCCGUCGCCUCUAGCCUUGCUGCCGCCGCGAAGCGCUUCGAUGAGGCGGGCCUGAGCACGCGCGAGACGGAGAUCCAAGUGGGCCGCGGCGAGACGCUGGGCUGCGUGCUGGACGGCCGCCUGAUGGCCACCCGGCUCACCGCCAAGCGCUACUGGCGGGCGCGCCAGGGUUUGAGCUGGGCGCUGGGCUGCAGGGCGUUGCCUGGUUGGGCCUGGGAGAUCAUUCUAGGUCAUUGCACUUGCUGCGCCAUGUGCAACCGGGACCUCCUGGCGAUCUUCAACGCCACCUACAAGUUCACCAGGGCCCUCAGGGACCUGAUGCCACUGCUGCGGGGCGACUGGGCGCUGCCUUGGCGCCCGCUGGUCUGCCUCUCCGAUGCGUCGGAGCACGGCUGCGCGGUGAGCGCCUCGUUUUUUGAGCUGGAGGCGGUCAAGGAGAUCGGGCGCGCGCAGGAGCACUCUCGGUUCCGCCGCCUCGGCGGCCACUCCGCCAGGGCGCAUUUUUUCGAGGCGAAUGGCAUCGCGAUGACCGGCGAGGGCUUGUUGAAGUCCGCCUCCGAGUUGGAUGAGCACGACGAUGCAGCCCCGCAGAUGGAGCGGAGCGUCGACAGAACUUUCAAAGAGAUGGACGCGGUGAUCUUCUCAGGUUACCGAUGGACAGAGAUUGUCGCCCGCGGGUGGCACAGCGCGACAGAGGACAUUUUGGUCCGCGAGUCGAGGGCCCUGCUCCGCGCCGCGGAGUUCCAGUGCAGCCUGUCCCCGCGGGGCGGGGGGCACAUCGUGAACUUUUGGGAGCGCUCGCAGGACGACCAUAGCAGCGCAGUGAACCGUAGACUACCCGAGCAUAAAGAGCGAGCUGAUGAUGCAGGUUGUAACACAGUCAACUACCGGAAGCAACUGUUAGAGGAGCAGAGCAAGUCUGACCAUAAGUACGAGCACCUGGGCAAGCGCGUAAGCAAGCAGACGCAAAUGCAGGAGGACGUUAACACAGGCAACUCUACAGGCGCCCAGGGCGCGCCCCCGAUGAAUGGCGAGCGCGGCCGCCGCCUGCUGGCGCCGCCCUCGGAAGGAGGCAGCGUGCCCGCUGCAGCCGGGCCCGAGCGGCUCGUGGAGCGCUCGCGGGUGCUGUCGCCGACGCCUGGAAGCUUCCCAGCCGAGCCGCGCGCGCUGGCCCGCCGCGGGCGGACGCUGCCAGCGCCCAGCGACGGCGCGGGGCAGAGUCUGAUGCACCGCCUCACCGCCUACGCCACCUUCCCCAACCACGAGUGCCGCGUGUUCCCGAUCGCCCAGGCGGGCGGAGCGGAGGACAGGAGGGUGCUGGACCUCAUCGGGUUUCUGGCCUGCUGGUCCAAGGUGAGGCUGGCAGCAACCUCUGACCCGCGGCGCAUGGCGGCGCGGAGCUGCGUUUUUUUCGAGUGCGCCGAGUUCCAGGUUGACGAGCAGGACCCGAACCAGCGCGCGGACUGGAAGCUGCCGCCGAAGCGGCGGCGAGCGCGCGACGCGCUAGGGCAGGGGGAGGGCGCCGAGGCCUUCCCGGUGGCGCCUCUGCCGCAGCGGCGGGUGCGGCGCCGCGUGUCCGAGCGCUGGAGCCGAGGUGGCGACGGGGAGGGCCCCCUGAGCGAGGCGGAGCUCUGGGACCCCGACGAGGGCGCCUGGCGGCCGCUGCCGCCCAUGAGCUCGGCCCGCGACGGCUGCGCCGCCGCGGCGCUGGGCGGCCGCCUGCUCGUGGCGGCGGGCUGGGACGGGCGGCGGGAGCUCGCCUCCGCGGAGUUCUACGACCCGGAGCUGGGCGCCUGGGAGCCCGGCCCGGCGCUCCGGCGGGCCAGGAGAGGCUGCGCCGCGGCGGUGGUCGACGGCCGCGCCUACGUGCUCGGCGGCGUGGCGAAAGGCGAGCUGAUCUCCGAAGUGGAGGUGCUCGACCCGGGGUCCGGCCGCUGGGAGGUCUGCGCCGUCAUGCCCACUGCGAGGGCGGGCUGCGCGGCCGCCGUCGUGGCGCUGGGCUGA